AUGGCGGCUGGAGGGCAGGGGAGUGUUUAUGUGCUCUACACUGGCGGGACCUUUGGAAUGGGACACAGCAGCCAGGGUCUACUGGAGCCAAUGAGUUUGGAGCAUCUGAAAGAUUUUCUCAUUAAAAUGACCAUUCUGUAUGAAAAAAACCCCAGUGAGACAGAAGAGCAGGUGGAUAUUAAUUUGUUUCACCAUCAUUUUCGUAACCUCAGCCAAAAAGCAGUAGAUGACUGCCGCAGUCUGUAUAAGAACACAACGUACCGCGUCCGUUAUCAAAUUGAGGCUGUGGAACCUCCUGUCGACUCGUCUAAGAUAAUGCCCGAAAAGUGGUUUGAGAUCGCCACUCGAAUUCAGGAAGCGCGUGACAAAUAUGAUGGUUUUGUGAUUCUUCAUGGGACAGACACGAUGGCGUACACCUCUUCUGCUCUGUCGUUCAUUUUGAUGGACCUGAAAAAACCUGUUGUUUUCACCGGGGCACAGAGGAAUAUUUUCCACCCUCACAGUGAUGCUUGGAAUAACUUCAUUGGCGCUAUGCUGAUUGCUGGCUGUUGUUCCCAAACUGCAGCUCUGCAUAAGGUGAUGCUUUUUUGUGACUGCAAGCUCUUCCAGGGAAAUCGGGUGCGCAAGUUUGACUGUGAUGGUUUCAGUGUCUUUGACAGUCCUAAUAAAGUACCCCUGGCAUACAUGGACACUAUAAUCAAAGUCUCUGUAUCAGUGACUUAUACUGGGGCUGCUGUUGAGGAAGAGGAGAUCCUGAAUGUGGAAGCUUGUGAUACUCCACCAGAUGUGAGGGUCCUGCGAUUUUUCCCUGGAAUAAAGGAAGAAUAUGUGAGGAGUGUGUUGGAGGGGGCAGAUGGUGUCGUCCUGGAAACGUUCGGCUCAGGCAAUGCUCCAGAACAUGAUUGGCUGAAGGAAGCUCUGAUUGAGGCUGGACGCAGAAAGGUGGUGAUGCUUAACUGUACUCAAGUCUACAGGGGAACUGUUCUACCCAUUUAUGCACUGACCAGUGCAGGUGUAGUCCUUGGUUACGACAUCACUCCUGAAGCAGCCCUGACCAAAAUGGUUUGGACUCUUAAGACAUUCCCCGACUUUGAAACAAGACGCAGGGUUCUGGAGGCAAGUAUCUGUGGAGAAUCCAGCGCUCCUCCGAAACGACUGGUUUCUAUCCGUUGCUAUGACAACGUGUCUGCCAAGCGUGAUAAUUUGGAGGGGAAAUACUAA